AAACCAGAAGAAGAAAUGUGGCGCAAUGGCGUCUCGAUUCUAAAACCCAAUAAAUGUUACUUCCACCGCAAAAGGAACUACUUUUCAUUUUCAAAAACAAACUUUAAAAAAUCCCCAAUCAACAAGUCCUCGAAUUCCUUGACUGUAAUGACGACCAUAACCGAAUCCGAUGUGGGAAUCCUCUGUUUCAUCUCUAACCUUCCUGGUUUUCGUGGCAUCCUCAAACAAAGGUAUUCUGAUUUCAUUGUAAAUGAAGUAGACAAUGAAGGAAAUGUUGUUCAUUUGACCACUUUAGAUGCCCCUCCAGAGACUCUGGCUUUCGAGGAAGGUGAAACGAAGACAUCCGAUCAAUUUAACAAAAGUUAUGCAUCUGAAAUUGAAAAAUUCAGAUCACUUGCAUGUGAAACUGAUGUGGAUCAGUUAGAAGCUUUAAUUAACCAAAUUACUUCAGGCAGUGAAGAAGAUAUCUCCCCCAUUGUUCUAUCUCCAGACUCUGAUAAAUCUCAUCGAACAGCAAUGCAUAAUUUCUUUAAAGAGAAUCUUAGAUUUCUUGUCACCGACACCAUUGAUGGACCUGAUUCUUCCUCAAAAUGCAUUCGCGUGAGAUUAAAUUCUGGGAAUAAUAACAGGGGAGGAAAUUUCAAUAAAAGGAAGAGAGGUGAUAAGCCCUAUGAUAGUAGAGGUUCAAGCCACUGGCCAGAGCAUCUUGGCAAGUUCCUUAGAUUCCAUCUUUUCAAGGAGAAUAAAGAUACACAGGAAGCUUUAGGAUUAAUUGGAAAGAUGCUUGGCAUUCAGACAAGGUCAUUUGGUUUUGCGGGUACAAAAGAUAAGCGUUCAGUUUCAACCCAAAGGGUAACUGUUUUCAAGCAGCAUGCGAGUAGAUUAGCUGCCCUUAAUGAAAGGUUGAUUGGUAUAAAAAUGGGAGACUUUUGCUAUGUCAAGGAUGACCUCCUUCUUGGGCAGCUUUUGGGAAACCGUUUCACCAUCACAUUGCGAGGAGUUGUUGCAGAUUCUGAAGAUAUUAUUAAAGCAUCUGCAGAGUCCUUGGGAAGGCAUGGCUUCAUCAACUACUUUGGUUUACAACGUUUUGGAAGUGGCUCUAUUCCAACUCACCACAUCGGUGCUACAUUACUGCGAGGAGAGUGGAAAACUGCUGCAAGCAUUAUUCUUGAUCCAAGAGAAGGGGAAAGAAAUAUUAUAAGCAAGGUAAGGGAAUAUUAUAAAGAAAUUGGUGACAUAGAUGGUACUCUCAGGCAAUUACCUCGCCAUUUAGUUGCAGAAAGGGCUAUGCUGCAGUGUUUGAAGAAAUGUCCUGGGAAUUACUUGCAAGCCUUGAAAUCUAUACCUAGGACUUUGAGAAUGAUGUAUGUACAUAGUUACCAAAGUUAUCUGUGGAACCAUGCAGCAAGCGUGAGAGUGCAAAAAUAUGGAAGCAAUGAAGUUGUAUUGGGAGACUUGGUAUAUAUCAAAGGGGAUGAUGUGGAAAAAACGAAAGUUGUACCAUCUGAAAAUGAAGAUGCUAGCUUUGAAGAUGCAGAUGAUUGUAGUCAAGUAGAUGAAAUAUCUGGAAAAGAUCUUCCACUAGAGAAAAAUAAUCUCGUUAAGGUCAUAACUGCAGCAGAUAUCAGUGCUGGAACUUAUACUAUUGAGGAUGUCGUCCUUCCUAUGCCUGGUUCUAGAAUUAUUUAUCCAACGAACGAGGUUACCGAUGUUUAUCAUGAUAUGGCAAAGAAGGAUGGCAUCUCCUUGACAGAGAGCGUCCAUAGUACCAAGGAAUUUUCAAUAACCAGCAUGACUGGAAGCUACAGGCGUGUUUUUCAGAAGCCGAUAGACUUUCAAUGGGAAUUGUUGUCAUAUACAGACGGAAAUAUAGCAUUGUCGGAGACUGAUUUAGACAAAAUUGCCAAAACUAAACCUUUGAACCUGGUCAAAGAAGAGCAUUUGACAAAUGGAACCGAAGGUGAAGAGCCAUUUGAUCAUCCAGACAAAGUAGAUGAUUACAAAAAGUUUUCAACUGAUAAUGUUGAGGUGGAGGUUUCUAGAGAAGCCGAGCCUCUGGAACUUCAUUCUGCACCUGACUCAAAUUCUCAGGAACCUCAGAAAGCUCUCAAAUUAGCCUUCACACUUCCUGCUUCUUGUUAUGCCACAAUGGCCAUUCGAGAGCUUCUCAAGACAUCGACUUCUGUUGCAUUCCACAAGACACUGAACUAAUAAACUUGUUGCCGUUCAUAUAGUUUAUGAGAUUAGGAUCAACCCUCCAUGUUAAUCAGGAACGAGAAAACAAGGUUUAUUCCGGUACAUUGGUUCUCGUUUGUGGGUACAUGUAAGGUAAAUGUUUUUAUACAUUUGACAAACUUUACUCCAUGUGCCAACUAGCACAUCUUUUUCGAACUAGUAUUUAUAAUCUUAUAGCCAAGAGGACAUGUUUCUGGAUCACUCGGCUCACUGUUUUCACUUCA